ACGGCCGGCCACCAAUCAGUCGCUGUCGCUACUGCUUCUGCGCACGCUGCGACUUAUAGUUUUUAGCUGGACGUCUGUCUGCGUGUGUACACUCGCGCGGCUUGUAUACCUAUACAUAGAGAUUAGAUUUGCACCGGAUUGCAACGCACCGUUCCGAUAUACCGACGCUGCACGCACACAUCGUCAUUACAUACACAUUAUAUCGCAUCGAGUCGCAGCAGCAGCAGCAGUGCGUGUCGUACAAAACACACAUUUGCAUGUGUUUGCUUAUACGCUUCGAUUUGGUGUGCGACUGCAGACUACGCUUCGGACUGCGAGAUUCUCUAUAUACAGCAUAUAUACUCUCUGCGCCUCCGCGAGUCGCGCGAGACCGAAGCGAGUGGCCGACGUGACUGCAUCGUUGACAAUCAUGGCUGCAGAAAAUCCUUUCAAGAACUUGCUCCGGACUGUCGAGGUUGCAGGCCAAGAGAAGAAAUAUUUUGAUAUCACCACCUUCGGUGAAAGAUACGAUCGAUUGCCUUUUUCCAUAAGGGUGUUGUUAGAGAGCGCCGUGAGAAACUGCGAUGAGUUUCAAGUUAAAAGCAAGGAUGUCGAAAAGAUCUUGGAUUGGGAAAAGAAUCAGGCGUCUGAGGAGGGCGUCGAAGUGGCGUUUAAACCAGCCAGAGUGAUUCUUCAGGAUUUUACUGGGGUUCCGGCAGUUGUAGAUUUUGCAGCCAUGAGAGAUGCUGUUAAAAAACUUAACGGUAAUCCAGAUAAAAUCAAUCCUGUUUGCCCAUCAGAUCUAGUAAUUGAUCAUUCUGUUCAAGUUGAUUUCUCCAGAAGCGAGGAUUCUUUGAAAAAAAAUGAAGAAAUUGAGUUUCAAAGAAACAAAGAGCGCUUCACGUUUUUGAAAUGGGGUGCUAAAGCUUUUGAAAACAUGCUUAUUGUACCUCCUGGCAGUGGCAUAGUACAUCAAGUAAAUUUGGAGUACUUGGCCAGAGUGGUUUUCGAUAUGAACUCAUAUCUAUUCCCCGAUAGUGUAGUUGGUACUGAUUCUCAUACUACUAUGAUCAAUGGUCUUGGCGUACUCGGUUGGGGUGUGGGUGGAAUCGAAGCAGAAGCUGUUAUGCUUGGUCAAGCCAUAUCUAUGCUUAUACCUAAAGUUGUUGGCUAUAAACUGGUCGGAAAGCUCAAUCAAUAUGUUACAUCGACUGAUCUUGUACUCACUAUCACAAAGAACUUGCGACAACUUGGUGUCGUUGGAAAAUUUGUCGAGUUCUUUGGAUCGGGUGUAGCGCAGUUGAGUAUCGCCGAUCGCGCAACCGUCUCCAACAUGUGUCCAGAGUACGGAGCUACAAUAGGCUUUUUCCCUGUCGAUCAGCAAAGCUUGAACUAUCUUCGUCAAACAAACCGAUCCGAGGAGCAUAUUGAAAGAAUCGAGAAGUAUCUGAGAGCUGUAAAAUUGAUCAGAAACUAUGACGAUCCAAGCCAGGACCCGAUCUUUUCCGAGGUCGUUACGUUGGAUCUUGCCACCGUUGUGUCCAGUGUCAGCGGGCCCAAACGACCUCACGACAGAAUUUCCGUCGUCGACAUGAAGAGGGAUUUCAAUGCAUGCCUUACGAACAAAGUCGGAUUCAAGGGCUACGGACUGAGCCCGGACAAGAUCAAGGCCGACGUCGUUUUCGAGUACGAGGGCAAGAAUUACCGACUCAAGCAUGGCUCGGUCGUCAUCGCCGCCAUCACUAGCUGUACAAACACCAGCAAUCCAAGUGUCAUGCUUGGAGCAGGUCUGCUGGCGAAAAAGGCGUGCGCCGCCGGUCUCAAGGUGGCUCCCUACAUCAAGACGUCGCUGUCGCCCGGCUCGGGGGUGGUCACCUACUACCUCAAAGAGUCCGGCGUCUGUCCGGCCCUCAUCCAGCUGGGCUUCGACCUCGUCGGCUACGGCUGCAUGACGUGCAUCGGCAACUCCGGGCCGCUGCCCGACGCCAUCGUCGACGCCAUCGAGAAGAACGACCUGGUCUGCUGCGGAGUGCUGUCCGGAAAUCGCAACUUCGAAGGCCGAAUCCACCCGAACACUCGGGCCAAUUAUCUCGCCUCGCCGCUGCUCGUCAUAGCCUACGCUAUCGCCGGCACCGUCGACAUCGACUUUGAAACCGAGCCACUGGGUGUCGGCGCCGACGGCAAGGACGUCUAUCUGCGCGACAUAUGGCCGAGCCGCUCGGAGAUCCAAGCCGUCGAGCAGCAGUACGUCAUACCGGCCAUGUUCCGCGAGGUCUACUCCAAGAUCGAGACCGGCAACAAGAACUGGUCGCAGCUACCGGCGCCCGAGGGCAAGCUCUAUCCCUGGGAUCCGACCUCGACCUACAUCAAAGAUCCGCCGUACUUUGAAAAUUUGACCAGGGAGGUGCCAGCCGUGAAACCCAUAAAGAAUGCUCGCGUAUUGGUGUUUCUGAGCGACUCCGUCACGACCGACCACAUCAGUCCGGCCGGUAGCAUAGCGCGCAACUCGGCUGCCGCGCGGUAUCUGUCCAAGCGAGGUCUGAAUCCGAAGGACUUCAAUUCUUAUGGCUCUCGGCGAGGAAACGACGCCGUCAUGGCACGUGGAACUUUCGCAAACAUUCGCCUGAUGAACAAAUUUAUCGGUAGACCCGGUCCAAGAACAAUUUACAUUCCCACCAACGAAGAGAUGGACGUGUUCGAUGCGUCGGAAAAGUACAUAAACGACGGCACGCCACUGAUCGCCCUCGUUGGCAAGGAUUACGGCUCGGGCUCGUCUCGCGACUGGGCCGCCAAGGGGCCCUACCUGCUGGGCAUACGCGCGGUCAUCGCCGAGUCGUACGAGCGCAUCCAUCGCUCCAAUCUCAUCGGCAUGGGCAUACUGCCGCUGCAGCACCUGCCCGGCCAGUCGGCCGAGUCGCUCGGCCUGACCGGCUACGAGAGAUUCGACAUCGAGCUGCCCGAGCACUGCCAGCCCGGCCAGAGGAUCCGGGUGGGCACGGACAAGGGCACCUCGUUCGAGGUGAUCGUGCGAUUCGAUACCGAGGUCGAUCUGACCUACUACAAGCACGGCGGCAUUCUGAACUACAUGAUCAGAAGCAUGAUUUGAACGGCGAGCAGCGGCGGGAUAGACGAUAUUUUUGAUUGAAAAAUUAUACGUAAUGAUGUGUGCGAGAUCGACGUUUCAUCGUUGGUUGAUUUUUUGAAUUUUAUAUUUUUAAUCGAGCUUUUUUAUUUAUAAAUUAUUUGGAUAAACUUAGGAAAUCUGUUGAGAAUUUUUCCAUCUUUUGCAAGAAUCUUUCAUUACUGUGUUUAAGCAGUAUUUGUAGAGAGAAAGAUUGUCAUACAGAUGAGUACUAUUGUAUCUUGAGAAAGUUUGCUGUUGUAAAAUUGUUAAAUACAUUGACAAAGUUUAAAAAUGUAUAUAUCAAUUUAAAGAUAAAGAUUUCCGUUAAGCCGCAUUACGUAUAAUUUUUCUGCAAUUUUCAAUAACGAGAGGAGAAAAGAAAAAUGAGAAAAUUAAAUCUUUAGAACUUAUAAGGUGUUACUUAAAGCUUGUAAUUCGGGGUUUGGUUUUCACGCGGCAAAGCUUUACGAAGAUCCAGAAGUUUCUGAAGCAAAUGCAAUAUUCGUUUUGUUGUUUUUACGAAUAUAUAAAUGUUUAAUUAUUAUUUAAUUAAUUUUUUUUUUGCGAAGGAAUUGGCGCCUUUUACGGGGAACGUCCAAUAAAGUUAUUGAUAUUUUUAUAUUUUAGUGGAAAGAAGAUAUUUUAUACGAAAAAUGUAAUUUACAUCAUUGAUCACUUAUAUCUCCAUUUGCAUCUUAAUAAUAUUGUAUACAAUAAAUUGUUAACAAAAUUUUUUUCAA